AUGGCAGCCGUUCCCAGGUUCAGUCGUCUGCAAUGUUCGGCGGGGGCUUUGUCCGCCCUCCCGAGGUUCUACGGGGCCGUCGCCACCCCGUCCAGAAGGCCAGCUGAAGCCCCAGAGGCGACGGGAGCGCUGGACGUCAAAGAAAAGCUUCUGCAGGAACCCCUCAGGCACCCGGAUUUCUUCAACGUCCAGGAACUCUUCUCCCUGCGGGACCUCUUUGACGCUCAGGUCCAUCUCGGCCACAAGAAGGGCUGUCGUCACAGGUUAAUGGAGCCGUACCUGUUUGGCUGCCGCUUAGAUGUGGACAUCAUUGACCUGGAGAAGACGAUGGCCCACCUCCAGUUGGCCCUCAACUUCGUCGCCCACAUUGCUUACCGCAAGGGCAUCAUCCUCUUCGUCAGCCGCAACCGUCAGUUCUGCUACCAGAUAGAGAAGGUGGCCGAGGAGUGUGGCGAGUACGCCAUGGCACGCCCCUGGGUGUCCGGCUUGUUCACAAACGCCCACUUGAAGUACGGGCAAGGGGUCCGCCUGCCGGAUCUCGUCAUCCUCCUCAGCACCCUCGGCGUCGCCUUCGAGCCCCACCCGGCCGUCGCGGAGGCGGCCAAGAUGAACAUCCCCACCGUGGGGGUGGUGGACAGCAACUGCAACCCCUCCAUCAUCACGUACCCCAUUCCGGGGAACGACGACAGCACGGCGGCCGUCCAGCUGUACCUGAAGCUCUUCAAGAGGACGAUCACGAGGGCCAAGGACAAGAGGAAGCAAAUGGAGGCCUUGCUGGGGCUGCAGCAGAAAGAAGCCAGCCAGGGGCGCCAGGAGCCCCUUCCGACGCCCACAAGCCCAGAAACCAUGAAACGAAGCGAAGCAGAUCCGCCGCCUUCUGUGGGCUGAAUGGCUCGGGACCCGUGGCCCCAACCCGUUUGAAGCCGCUGUCCUCCCUCGGCUGUGUUCGGAGGUCCACCUCCAUGGACAUUCAUGUUUUGCUCCAGACCCCAUGCCAUGCCUCUGCUCUCUGUAAAAAAACCUGCAGUAAAGUUGCCAUUUUUCUCAGAA